UCCUCUCUAUAAAAUUGAACUUGAAUGAAGAGCUUUGCAGUCACAACUGGAAGAAAAGAUGGGGAAGGGUCUGCUGUGGUUUGGUCUGGCCAUUUUGCUGCAAUUGCAGCUUGGCUCUGCCUACAAGCUGGUAUGUUAUUUCACUAAUUGGUCUCAGUACAGGCCAGAACCAGCCAAGUACUUUCCAAGCAACAUAGAUCCAAAUCUUUGCACUCAUUUGACCUAUGCCUUUGCCACUAUGAAUCAAAAUAAAAUUGCACCAUAUGAAUGGAAUGAUGAAGACAGGCUCUUCCCAGAGUUUCAAGCACUUAAGAAAAGCAAUUCCAAUCUGGUCACUCUGCUAGCUAUUGGAGGCUGGAAUUUUGGCACUCAGAAGUUCACUGAAAUGGUUUCCUCAGCUGCCAAUCGUAAAAUCUUCAUUGAUUCAGUGAUUGAGUACCUCUGUAAGUUUGGGUUUGAUGGGAUUGACUUGGACUUUGAAUACCCAGGAUCCAGAGGCAGCCCUCCUGAAGACAAGCAGCGCUUCACUAUCUUGAUUCAGGAAAUGCUUGCUGCUUUUGAAGCCAAUAAAUGUGAAGGGAGGAGGCUUUUGAUCACAGCAGCUGUAUCUGCUGGGAAAGGAACUAUUGAUGCAGGAUAUGAAAUUGCUGAGAUAGGAAAAGUUCUAGAUUUCAUCAGUGUAAUGACAUAUGACUUCCAUGGAGGCUGGGAUACUGUCACGGGACACAACAGCCCCUUGUAUGUGGGAUCCAAAGAUGAGGGUGAUUUCAAGUAUUUCAACUGUGACUUUGCUAUGAAAUACUGGAGGGACAAUGGUGUCCCAGCUGAGAAACUUCUUAUGGGAUUCCCCACCUAUGGACGCACCUUCAGGCUUACUUCCACAGAUACCUCUGUUGGUGCUCCUGUCUCUGGGGCUGGCUCAGCUGGACCUUAUACCCGUGAGGCAGGCUUCUGGGCUUACUAUGAGAUUUGCACAUUCUUAAACUCUGCCACAAAAAAAUGGAUCAAUGACCAGAAAGUCCCAUAUACCUACAGUGGAAAUGAAUGGGUUGGAUAUGACAACGUUUGCAGCUACAAAUAUAAAGUCAAGUACCUGAAAGAGAACAAUUUUGGAGGUGCCAUGGUUUGGGCCAUUGAUCUGGAUGACUUUCUGGGCACUUUCUGCAAUGAAGGAAAAUAUCCUCUCAUAACUGAGCUGAAAAGACUUCUUGAAACCAAUGGCCCCAUUGUGCCAGAUUGCCCUGAAGGAACUCCUACUCCUACUCCUACUCCUCCUCCUACAACUACUACUGAAACUACUACUACUACAACGGAUGGCCCUACAGAUAGUACAACUCCAGCUAUAACUACAACUACAACUGAGGACUCACCUGAUAACUUUUGUGCCAACAAAGAGGAUGGUAUACAUGCUAAACCAGAAGACAGAACCAAAUUCUAUGUGUGUUUUAAUAAGCAGACUUUUGUUUUCAACUGUGCACCUGGAUUGGUGUUUGAUGACAGCUGUAAAUGCUGUAACUACCCUUAAUAUUAACAGAUGGUUUCCGACAAAAAAGAGAAGAUUGAAAUAAUGUAGCCCUUUGGCCCACAGCAGACCCCCCUUACGCUUUCCUUUGAAAUAAAAUCCAGGAUGCAUGACUAAA